UGCUCUGCGCGCUCCCGCGCUGGAGAUCUCCGUGCCGUCUCCACCCGAUCACCGAAAUACACUUUGCUCAUGGAACAAACAACUAAAAUGGCAACAAUAUCCAGAUAAAUGUGGAAUUUUUGUGACCUCAACCAAACAACUCAUAGACUGUAUCACUCAUCAUCACGUAACCAUGGAGACGGUGGUGAUUGUGGCCAUAGGUGUUCUGGCCACCAUCUUCCUGGCAUCGUUCGUGGCAUUAGUGGUUGUGUGUCGUCAUCGCUACUGCCACCCUCCUACCCUUCUACAUCACUUUGAUUCCAAACCCACAGUGGAUCUUAUUGGAGCUAUGGAGACUCAGAGUGAACCUUCAGAGCUGGAGCUGGAUGAUGUUGUCAUCACUAACCCUCACAUUGAGGCCAUGCUGGAGAACGAAGACUGGAUCGAGGAUGCCUCUGGCCUUGUGUCUCACUGCAUUGCUAUUCUGAAGAUAUGCCACACUCUCACUGAAAAGCUUGUUGCUAUGACAAUGGGGUCUGGAGCAAAAGUUAAAGCGCCUGCCAGCCUGAAUGACAUCAUCACGGUGGCCAAACGCAUCAGCCCAAGGGUGGAUGAUGUAGUUCGGUCUAUGUAUCCUCCCCUCGAUCCCAUUCUCCUGGAUGCCAGGGCCACUGCAUUACUGCUGUCAGUCAGUCACUUGGUGCUGGUGACACGGAACGCUUGCCACAUGUCUGGCUGUCUGGAUUGGAUCGACCAAUCACUGCAUGCAGCCGAGGAUCACAUGGUCGUGCUAAGAGAAGCGGCUUUAGCAUCUGAACCGGAAAGAUGCCUGCUGGAGAGAGAGCAGUCAAUCUGACUCUUAAAAGCACACAAGAGAUACUUGUGUAUUAACUCAAGGAAAUGCAUCACAACAGAUUGUUGUCACGGUUAAAGCCUUUUGUCUGUCUUUUCUAUGGUUCUUUCAAUUUAUCUGUUACAUUUCAUGGUUAAACUGUGGUCAUGCUGUCUGUCUUUCCUAAUGCUGGUUUCAUAUACACAUAUUACCGAAACGUGCCAAUCAAGUUGUAUAAACCUGAUCUUAAAAAAUGCAUAAAUACUAUGCACUAUUUUUGAAUUGCAGUCUUUAGAGUAUGUAUUGAAUAAGAAAAUGGAAAAUACACUUUGAUACAUUAUUGUCAUUUUGCAUCUUUAGUGCUAUAAAAAUGUUAAAUUCUGUUUGUAAAUUCGCAAUGUGUAGAGACAAUAUACAUUGAAAUUCACAUCUGAAGUUUUGAUAUAGAACUUGUAAUUUUUAACUUUGAACUGCAGAAAUUAAAACAGACACUCUGUCAUUUUUCAUGGGGUCACAUGAAGUCUAAAUCCACACUAAUUCCUUCCCUCCAAGACCACUCAGAUGUGACCACAACCCCCAACUGUAGUUUACACUUUCAGCAGACACACACACUUACACACUCCGCAAUGACAAUUUGUGAAUUUGCAUAAUAAUGUCUUUCUAUAUUUUAUAGCAUGAUCCUCUGUACCUGUAUCAAUAUUUCCUCUUUCGAUUAUUAUUUCUGUUUGUGAGCACUUUUGUUACUGGUGAUUCUCAUUUAUUGCUGCAUUACUGCUUCAUGCCUCGUCCUGUUUAUGUAUUUGAGAUUUGUAAAUGUGAAUAAAAGCUUCACAG